AUGUGCGCUUCGUUUUUUAAGCCCGAUUCCACUAACCUCAUUCAAGACAAUUAUAACAGCACACGGAAAUACAGCUUUCCUGGUAGUGCUGCUGAUUUUAAGGACGUAGUAUGCGCGGUUGAAUCGAUUUCGAUGUAUAACUCUGAAUACAACACUGAUGCAACUCAGUUUUAUAACAAUUCAUUUAAAAUCGAAGUUCCAAUCGCUGGAACCACAUCCACUGUAUCGACAGCCCUCGUAAAUGCCGGAGCUUAUUUAAUUAACCCAUCCGGUGAGAAUGUACUAACAAAAAACAACGUUUAUUACGCGACACAGAUCGAUUUCUCAGCAGCUCCAACUACACUACCUACAGCUGGCGGUACUUGGACAUGCCCUGCAAGUGGUCUUUAUUCCUCGGGUGGUACUGAUCUCCCUACGACGACUCGUGUCCCCCGCUUAUUCAUUGAUAAUGCUGCUUUUGGUAAAGUAGUAGGAUUGACUACUGGUACGUAUCCUUCAGCGCCUGCAACAGUUUCAAGUGCUCAGCUAUCAAAUAUCAUUCCUCAGAUCCAUCCUACAUCUUCUUACAUCGCCCGUUGUGAUCUAAUUAAGAACGAGUAUGUAGUCUCUGGCGAUAUUCUUAGUGCAUUUGAUCGCGGCGAUGCUAAAAAUGGUCAACUAAUCAGCUAUUAA